UCAGUCCAGCAUACACUCCGUGCAGCCUGGCAACGACUUGAUUGAGAUAUGGGGUGUAGGCUCCCUAAAUUGAGGAAGGCAGAAGAGAGGCAAAGCCCAGGCAAUAUCUACUCCACCCUCCGACGGCCUCAGGUGGAGACUAAAGUGGGCGUGGCGUACACUUACCACUUUCUGGAUUUUCUGUUGGGGAAAGAAGAGGUGCCAGUGUCAUCAGUGCUUUGUCUCUCCUCAGUCAGAGAGCUACCCAUUCAGGUGAGGGAACUUUACGCGCAGGGUUUCGUCCUGGUUGCCGUCCAUCCGUUCGUCCAUCCCUGCGGCCCUCGCCACGCGCACAUCCAGCGGCAGCUCCACAGGGCCGUGCUGGUCCGAGAGACGUCAAGUUCAGAGAAAAGCCAACUGAGAUGGUCGAGACAUCGUCUGGAGACAGAUGUGUGCGUGGCGGGUCAUCAAGUGGCUGACCCAGAGGUGAUUCAGAGCUAUGUCAAAAGGAUCCAGGAUGUAGCAGAGCAAGGGGUGAUGUUUGUGGGGUUUCUCCAGCAGCCAGGAGGAGCACCCUGUUUCUUGGGGAACUGGGACCCCGAGGAUUUGUCCUCCCUGCAUUCCAGCCCUUCUCCCAUACGUCGACACCCCUUCAGCGCCAACACCAGCCCUACAGAUCCUGCAGAACCACAGCAUAGUGAUGCAGAAGCUGAGCAUCAUCUCUUUGAACCUCAAGAGUUAGAUCAUGAAAGUGUAGAACAUACACAAGAACGCAGGCUAUCGCUGCCCAGAGAACCAGACUUCAGCCCUCUGAAACCCAUCCAGUUAUCAGAGAUCAACCCAGAGGAAUCUAAUGAACAAAUUCGAAUCUCACACAUCGGCCUCAGAGAGUCACUUGAAUCAACAAACCAACCUCAAGAUCACAGACAACUCAGUGAAGAUGCAGUUCAGUGGUGUUCAUAUCAAAACCCAGUAGAGACCCAGGGGAACCAGCUGCGUCCCAGUACUCCAGACACUGCGGGGACAAUCAGGCGGCAUCAGCGCGGUCCGUCAGAACUCAAGGAAUCCACAGAAAAGCAUUUUAAACUUCCAAAUCGGGGAGAAAGACAAGAUUCAGGCUCAGAUGGAUGGCUUAGCUCUCCAGAACUGGAUCAUAACCAUGAAAAAAUGCUCAACUCUACCUAUGCAGAUGGGCAAGGCAGAGUGACGACACACAACAACAACAAUCAUAUCCGGCUGAAGAAUUCAGAGAAAGAUAAGAAUGCAACUUCACCGCCAGCACAAGCUAGGAUGCAACUCUUUGCCCUGUACAACCACACAGGAGAGCUGAACACCUCUCUGAGGUUUUACUCACUCAGGGUGCCACUGCGAGUACAAAAGGAGGCAGGGCUCCUCACAGACGUUGAUGCACAUUGGCUUGACCACAUGACUCAGCAUUUCACCAGCGGUGCCCAACUCAUCGAUGGCUAUUUCCACCUUGGAGAUGAUAAUGAUAACGGGGUUUCAUCUGUGGAUAGCGUGUUCAUCCUGCAGAGCUCGGCAGAGGAGACCACAAACGCCUCCUACGAUGCUAUUGUGGUUGAGCAGUGGACCGUUGUUGAUGGUGUGGUGGUGAAGACAGACUACAUCCCACUGCUCCAGUCUCUCGCUCCGUAUGGAUGGAGGCUGAUGUGUGUGUUACCCACACCAAUUGUCAAGACCAACAGUGACGGGAGUUUGUCGACCAAGCAAAUCCUUUUCCUUCAGAGGCCCGUUUUGCAGCGCAAGAGAAAAGACUUCAAGAUGCUGAACCUCAGGGGUCGCAGCAAGGCAAAGAAAAACUCUACUGGAGAAUCGCCUGAAGAGCUAGAGAACAGAUCCCCCUUGAUGGAGACAGAGAUGGGCAUGUUGAGAAGAAACACAAAAGAGGAAGAGGCAAUUGGGAGGAAGAGCUGGGAUAGCGGAAGGAGCGAAAGAGCGAGCCCUCAGGAAGGUGGUAAGGAGAGCGGAGGGGAUGCACAAUAUCAAAAGGGCCUCUUGCUCCUACCGGGCAGCAGAGCUUCUGUUGAAGACCAGGAAGAGGAAACAGACAUCGACAAGAUCUUAACGCCCAAGCAGGAAAAGUCAGUAAGAUGGACAGAUGUGUGUCGGAGAGAUGACGGAGGGGUCAAGGAGGAAGUGAAGACAGAAGAGCGGAUCAAACAGCAGCUGUUUUCUGGCGUCUGUUGA